ACCUGCCUCCGACGGCGAAAGGAGCUGCCCAAGAUGCAAACAGCCCUCGUGUGCCUGUGUCUGUGCCUGCUCAGCACAGCCCUCUCGACACCCGUGCCGCCGCCGCCGCUGCCUGGGAGAGCCGCCGGGAACUGUGUGGGACAGCACCGGAUACUGCUGAAAGGCUGCAACGCCAAGCAUGGCUUCUACGUUUUCAAAUACGUCUACUCAUUUUCAACGCGGAGGAACCAGACGCAGAUAAAGAAGGAAGAGGCUGACAGCCAGAGCACCGUCCCCGGGCACCGGCUGGGUGAGGACAAUGCCAGGCGGAGGCCGACGGAGGACGGGGCGGCCCCAGAGCCAGGUGACAACGGUGGCACCGAUGCAGUGGAGAACGGGGCCGGCCUCAAGCCCGAAAACCGCAGCACCCUAGGCACUGGCGGGGAUGCUCCCAGUCCUCGCCCGGGCGCUGGCACGCGAGCGCGCGACGGGGUCGGCACCGCAGCUCCCACCCCAGCCAGCUCGGAGGGCAGCGGCGACCUGGAUUUGGUGGUUGAAGUCGAUGGCGGUGUUCCCAUUCUCCCUCAGGGCGGACAUCCCGGCAAGGCGGUGGCGGGGGACAGGUCCGGCGUCAGGAGUGAGGACAGGGACAGUGGUGCCCCGGGGGGGGUUCCAGUGGAGGGGGACAUGGCAGCUGAGAGGGAGAGGGCCCCCGUCACCCGUGGGGCUGGGGAGGAGGGCAGCGGCGAGGUCACCGUCCACGGCCGAGGGCAGGAGGGCGUCGUGCAGGGCAUCGGGACGGGAGACGCCACUCUCGCCUCCGUCACCGAGAAGAUGGAGGACGUCCGAGUUGACGCCGAAGGUAUAGAUGAAUACGCUUACAUUCCCGACUCGGGCAGCGUCCCCGUCACCCGCGGGAAGGUGGGGAGCACCGUGAGGGCCGCCAGCUUUGCCCAAAUCUCUCCGGACAAGGACGACGAAGUCAACAUCUUCAUUGGGAGGGCCAACAUCCACGUCGGGGAGCGAGGAACCACCCAGGCUGGUGCCAGAGUCGGCAGCGAGGACGACGGCAUCCCCGCUGUGGGAACCAGCAGCCCCCCCCCCGGUCUGGGCGUCACUGCAGCACGCGGCGGUGAUGGCAGUGACGGCAUCCUUGCUCACAGGCAGCCUGAAGGACCGGCCACCACAGCUGCCCCGACCCACGGGAACAGCAUCACCAGCAGCCCUAGGGAUGGCGAUCCCACAGGAGGUGAUGAGGGUGGUGCCCCCACCAUUGGUGACGGGGAAGGACCGGUGGCCCCCGGCCACUGGAGGGUCACUGGCGGUGACAUCAGUGUCCCCACAGGGGCUGGCAUCCAUGGGGAGGGUGACGAUGAGGCGAGAGGUGAGGGGCAGAGGUUUGAGGGGAGGCAGGGCGGCCUGGCUGUCACCACCCCCCGUCGUGCGGGGGACGAGGCGGCCACGGCCGGUGUCCUGGCCGAGGGGGCCAGCAUCCGUGUGGGCACCACCAUGGCCACCCCCGGGGCGAGCGAAGGGGACUGCACCACUGCCCUGGGGAUGGCCGGCGGCCGCAAGGCUGGCAAGGGCAGCAUGGCGGGGAAAGGGGGGAGCGGGGAAGUGGGGCCAGCCACCCCUCAGCCCCGCGGGGAGGGACGACUCAGGGUGGGGGCGAGAGUCCGGCCAGGGGGAGCAGCGCCGGACAAGACGCUCAGGACGGACAAAGCGCCGUCCCCGGGCGGGAAAGCCGGCAGCCAAGCGUCGAGCGGGGCCCGGCCGAGGGCUGGCAGCCACGGCGGCGAUGGGGGAGGCAGCCCCACUCCACAGGCGGGGCGAGCCGGGGGCAGCGUGGCAGCGGUCAAAGGCCGGGAGCGGGGGCGAGGCGGCAAGGCUGGGGAGGCGGGGACGGGGACGGGGGGUGCCCGCCGCCCCGGGCGCCGUGACGGGAGGCCGGGGGCCGGGGCGCCGGGGGCCUUUGCGGCGCUGGGCCGCAGCAGGCAGGUGGACGAGGUGAAGCGUGCCAACGAGCUCCACGUCCGCGAGCGGGCUUUUUACGCCCUCGGCGGGGCCGGGGGUGGCCCGCGCGGCCCCUACACCGGCCUGGGGAGCGCCGACAGCAGCCAGUCCUCGGAGGGGGAGCGGGGCAGCCGCAGCGACAGCCGACAGACGGGCCUGCAGCCCUCGGGGUGGGGAGCCCCGGGGCACCCCCACAGCCGCUGGAGCCGGAGGGCUCCGUGAGGAGGGGCUGCCGAUAGCCACCCCGGCGGGCUCCAGUGGUGGAGUUGGGGGGGGGGGGGGUCCCACAUGUCGUUCCUCCCCCAGCACUGCGGGCGCUGCUCUUGCCUGGGUGAGGGGCACCCUGCACAUGGCUGGGGGGGGGGGGGGGGGGGGUCACGCGGUGCUUCACAGCCCAGUAGCCGAAAAUCACCGGUUCAUGCAUUUCU